UAAGGUAUCCUGUAAUGAUAUAUGUUCCCUGUUAUCUUGCAGAUGCUUGUUCUGCAUAUACCUGUAAGUUCAAGUUUCUCCCUUUGCCGACAAUUUUAUCUACAAAUUAUUUUCCGUACACAUGAUAAUUUAGUGACAGACUGAUAAAUCAUGGAACUAAAAAGCGUGUUCAUUCUUUCUCUCAGAAUGUCACAAUGGAUCUAAUGGUUAAACAAGGGGCUUCUCCUAGUACUCAAACUCAAUACGUCUUUGCAGAUGAGAAAACUCCAUGCUUUACUGCCUCCAAUCUUGAACGGUUAAAGUUUGGUCUUGAGGACUAUGUAUUAAGGCAUGGGAACUGUUUGGAUACAAUGUGUGACCAUUACUUCUCUGAUAGAGAGCAUCUAAAAGUUGGAAGUGGAACUAUACGCCAUGAAGACCAACAUAAGAGAGUUGGAGGGAUGGUUGAAGUGGUGAUUGUGAUAAGUGACCUUCUAGAGACAACUCAUCAUUGCAGCAGAUCAUUCAACGGCAAAACAAAGGUUUGUUUAAGUUUCAAACUAAUACAAUAGCUCAUAAUGAGA